AUGCACGUUUUGGCAUUACAGUACGACCCACACACCGAGCAGGCAUUGAGGCUAGAGAAGAAAGAUGUGUUUGAAGUUGGCGCCAGUCUAGCAGCCAGCCAGCGUCUCACCCACCGUCGUGUCAGCUGUUCGUCGACGAUCGCGCUAACUUGGCUUAUCGCCGCCGCUGGACUCUGCGUGGAGCCGCUCCGCCGCUCUCCGAUCGCAUCCUCGCCAACGUCGUCCAGACUGUAUUCUGAUUUUGCUGCUAAGCCGCUGAAGCGAGCGAACCGAAGCGAAGCGUCAGCCACGGAGCCAGCCGCCCACGAUGGGGAAUGCAGCCACAACGCAGUCACAGGGCCGCAAGGACCACCACCAUCACCACCAGGGCUCGGCCGGGCUCGCCACCGUCUACUCGAACGGACGAGCUGCCUCGGCUGCUUCUGA